CUCUCACCGCUCAAGGAGGAAGAACCAGUUAUGGCUCGUGCCCUGGAAGAAGGUGAGCACUUUUCUCUUGGAUCUAUUAUGGAAGAAACCACUCUUAGUAAGGACUUGAUUCUUGAAAUUCUUUCUUGGCUUCCGGUGAAGUCUCUCCUGCGAUUCACUAGCGUGAGCGAAUGGUUUCAACGUUUGAUAUCCGAUCCCACUUUUGUCAAACUCCAUCUUCAAAGAGCAAGCAAACACUCCAAUUUUCUAAUAAUCUUGAAGCGCCAAGAUGAUAGACUCGUGGUAAGUCCUUGUUCUAUGUUGUGCUUGUUGCAAAGCAACCACGACCACAAUUUUCUUAGGGUUCCAGAAAGAUUUUUGGAACGUUAUCAGGGUCUAAGUAGUUGCAAUGGAUUGGUCUGCGUCGCCAAUAACUUUAGUUCUGGUGAUGUGGAUUCACUGAAACAUAUUUGUUCUUUUACCAUAUGGAAUCCAGCCACAAGAACAAAAUUUCAAGUUCCAAGACUUACUUUCCGAACUAUUGAAGUGGAUGAUGUUUCCUUCGGGUUUGCAUACGACGAUAGGAGUGACACAUACAAGGUUAUGACCAUAAUUUCCUAUCUUCACCCUACAUGUCAGGUGCAAUCUUGCAAUGAAGUCAAAAUUUACACCAUAAGUAGCAACGAUGGUUGGAGAACCAUGGAAAAAUUUCCUGCCAAUACAUCCUUCGUGCCUGAUUAUGGAAAAUAUUUUAAUGGCAAUAUUAUUUGGCUAACAACAGAGGAAUCUGAUCAAUCCCAGUACACAUUUAAUGAUUUUGUCGUCGUUUUCUUUGACCUCCGAACUGAGAUAUUCAACAAAGUGUUGCUGCCUCAAAAUCUUGAAGGUGUCGAUGCAAAUAUAAAUAUUCCAGAAAUUAUGGUUUUGGACGACUUUGUUAGUCUCGUCUUCAAAGAUUUUGCCACAAACACUUUCGUAGUAUGGCAAAUGAAAAAUUUUGGAAACAGGGAUUCUUGGACCCUUCUGGUGAACAUAGAUGUUGACGUUCUUCAGACUGAGCCCGUGCCUUUCUUGAAACCCCUAUGCAUACAGGAUAGGUUCUUAGUGUUCUAUCAACUUACCAUUGAAAAUCAAAUGCAUGUCAUUUGGUAUGAUAUGAGAGAGGGAGAAGUAGCACGUAGGAGGAUUUCUACAGAAGUAUUUUCUGUCUGGGUUGAAGACUACAUUCCAAGCCUGCAGAGUCUUGGUGCAUGAAGGAGGAGGUUGCUGGAUGUAUGUUGAUAAUUUUUUUUUUCUUAAAUGUGUCUGUGAACAGUGAACUGUAGCACCAGGUUGAUUGUUCUCUACAAACUAUUCUUUU